AACGCUUAUCCGCUAUUACAUCCAUAUAGUUUCUCUGCUUAUAACCUAACUCUAAAACCCGUCUGCUGCUGAGUGACUCGCCGAUAUCAUUUUAUCCACCUCCGAUUAUCCGCGCAAUCCGGUGCCAUAAUCACAUCUUAUUUUUCCCUACUAUCGUAUUUUCCGUUACCAAAUGUUCACUAUUUCUCUCUUCCGAGAACUGUGACUGUUACCGCGUCCAUUGUCGUUAAGAGAAUAUUUCACCAUACCCAACAGCUAUGGCCGAAGCCAAAAAUGUCCAAUCCAACGUCUUCCAAGAAUUGGAUUUAGACCAGUUGGAAGUAAAUGUGAUCGAGAGCCUAUGUUUCAACUGCGGAAAGAAUGGUACUACACGAUUGUUAUUGACACGUAUACCAUUUUACAAAGAAUUAGUAAUAUCAUCAUUUGAAUGUCCACAUUGCAAUUUUCAAAAUAAUCAGUUAGAUCCUGCUAUUGAAAUAAAAACACAAGGUGUCCGCAUGACUUUAAAAGUUGAAAACAAAGAAGAUUUGGAUAGAUAUGUAAUAACAACUGACUAUACAAGUAUACAAAUAAUCGAUUUAGACUUUGAAAUACCACCAAUGUCACAACGAUCUCAAGUAACUACAGUUGAAGGAAUUCUUUCUAAGACGGUGACUAAUUUAAGUGAACAGAAAAAAUUAAUUGAACAAACACAUCCUGAUCUAGCCUCUAAAAUGGAUGUUGUAAUCAAUGGAUUGAUUGGUAUAAUAAAUCUUAGCAAUCCUGUGCCAAUGGUAUUUGAAGAUGCAACUGGAAAUGUAUUUGUGUCAAAUCCUAUGGCACCCCUAAAUGAUCCAAGAAUGCAAACUGAAGUGUUUACUCGUGAUAGCGCCCAAAAUGAAAUGAUUGGAUUGUCGGCUGAAAACAACUCUGAAUCUAUUAUUAAACCAUUAGGAAGUUUUAAUGAUUCAUCUGUUAACAAUAUGAAUGAUGAAAUUGUACAAUUUAGUAAUCCAUGCCCUAAUUGUCAAGCAAUAUGUGAAACUAAUAUGAAAGUGACUGAUAUUCCAUACUUCAAACAAGUUGUAAUUAUGGCUACUACAUGUGAAGAAUGUGGUUAUCGUACUAAUGAAGUAAAACCAGGUGGUGGUGUUGAAAAACAAGGAGUGAGAAUAAGUGUUAAAGUUUCAUCUCCAGAAGAUUUAAAUAGAGACAUACUGAAGUCUGAAACUUGCUGUCUUCGUAUUCCUCAGUUGGAUUUUGAAGCAGGUGCACUUUCAUUAAGUGGUCGUUUUACUACUAUUGAAGGCCUUCUUACAUCUUUAUAUGAACAGUUAAAAGAUACUGCUACAGCAUUUUAUGGAGGGGACAGUAAUUCAGGAGAUGUUCUUGAUAAAACAAAUAAAUUUUUAGAAAAAUUAACCAACAUUAAAACAUGUAAAAUGCCUGUGGAUAUUAUUUUGGAAGAUCCUGCUGGAAAUAGUUAUAUUCAGAGCUUAACCCCUCCAGAUUUGGACCCUAAGUUAACAAUUUCAAAGUUUGAUAGAACUGAUGAACAAAACGAAGAACUGGGCUUAACCGAUAUGAAGGUUGAAGGAUAUGAAUGAAUUUCACAUAAUUAAUUAAUAUGUUUCUGAAUCCAAUAAUAUUAUAAAUUAAUGAAACUUCUUAUAGAUAUUUUUAAUUAAUAAAUUUAAUAAUAUUACAUCAUAAUGUACAUACCAUACAUUGGACAUUAUAAUUUUUCUAUGA